AUCCCUCAUCUAUAAAGAAAACAUCAGCUCUGUGUCUGUUUCAGCGUGUUCUGUAAGGAGGUUUUGUAACGUAAUCUGAUCCUGUUCAAGAGAAACUCUCAGAACUCGCGUACAGACCAAAUAUCAGUUAAAAAACUGACAAUUUAAAGUUUGCGUGCUUUUCUGGCAAAGAUAAACCGGUAAUACAACCAGACCCAUAGUUUUCCUAAUGCGGGAAAAUGCUUUCUUUGAUUCCGCAUGAGUCAUAUAUACCAAGUAUUAUACAUUUGAAUGCAAUUUCAACUUUAUUUUACGUUCCCCUUGUAUUUCUUACAUCCUAUUUAUCACAAUAUGAGUGCAGUAGCGACAGCCGGUUGUUUAAUAUGACCCGAAAUUUCCUGAAGAUCCUAAAAGUCUGCAAAACCUAAACGGUCUUCUGCGCAAGUGUGAAGGACAUGUGUCCACUGAUUAUAACCUUUGACUCCGUGUCAGAUUUGUUAAAUGAUGCUUGGUUGUAACGUCUCUGGCGGAAACUGACUCCAGACCAGCUAACUGUGAGCUAGCUUUACCCGGGAGCCUUGAAUUUUCUGUUUUCACAUCGUUAACUGUGCGCGGAGUGCUGGACACGAAGUGUUCACUGAAAACUGACAUUUUGGAGUCCAAAGCAUGGACUCCACCAGCCUGGUCUCUGACUUCCUAUCGCCAGAGUCUACAGUGACAACCCUGCUAUCAAGCUCAGGUCACCUGAAGAGCAGCCUGCUGCCUCCUGAACACAACACUUCCUUCAGAUACAGAGACAAGGAGUAUGACUCAGCCUCUGCGGCGUUGGACGCUUACAUCGCAGACUUUGACAGGAGUCGUCGGAACAGCGAGCAGGUGACAGGAGGGCUGGUUCUUCCACACAGCUUGCCCUCCACGCCAAGCAGACCCAAAGUGAGCACGCUCAGAAACAAAGAUGUUCUCAGGGAGCGUUUGACUGACAGGGAGCUGGACUUUCUGAACCUCCCCGUCAGUUCCCUCCGUCACCGUGGCAACCGAGACAGACUCUCUAUGACUACAGACGAGCUGCUGUCCAUCCCUUUUGAUGGCUCAAUGCCUGUCACCCACACAUCUGCUUUUAUCCAAGGCCUCCUGUCCCAGUCUGGAGCCUCCCAACCCUGCCCCUCCUCCUCCAGACCAGGACGCAGAGCCUGGGAUGGACUCAGCAGCAGCCAAGCCACUCCCCGACUGAGCCACCACCACCCCCACCCUCAUCCAACCAGGAUGCCACGGAGAUCCAGAUGCAGAAGAGGACCAGGAGUAGCCUUGUUGAAACCAGAAGUCUCCUCUGUCAGCAACUUCACGUCUGCACACAGAGCAGCAAGGUCAGAGUGGGCAGAGCCGUCCUCGUCGCUCCACCUCCCUCACUGGUUCACCAGUAACAAGGCCGACAUGGACUGUUCUGGAAUCACCAGCGUGCCGGACCUGGAGUACCCAGCGUGGAUCCAGCGCUGUGACCUCAGCGAACCGCCCCCGCCCCCAGAGUCAGAGCUGUGGGACAACCACGGUGUUCUUCCACCUACAGCUCCCAGAACCGGUGCUCCUUCCUGGGUAGCAGACCUGGAGGAGGAUGAUCCCGACCUGGCACCUUCACAGGUUGAUAGCCAGCAGACUCUCAGAGAUCUGAGGCUUCAGUUUGCUGAACAGAUUUCUCUGCUCGCUGCAGAGAGAAAGAGCUCUGACAUCAUGGAAACUAUGUUCAGAGACAACAGGAUCGAGUCUCUGAUCCAGAAGGCAGAUCAGGUGCUGAACUCUCUGUCUCAGAGCUCUGCAGGAGCAGAGAGUCUUGCAGAUCCAGUGAGUAAUGCUGCAGUCAGUCCAGUGAACACUGAGGAGCUGCUGCUCUGUUCGUCUUCACACUGUCCUUCAUUCACUCAUGACUCAACAGCAGCAGCAGCAGACGGUGUCACAGAGGCUCUGACAGGCAGAGGAGAUCAGGCUCAGGGCUGCGGUCUCCACAGAAACAGCAUUUGGAAGCAGCCUGGUCCAGUUGAGGCUCUGAAACAGAUGCUGUUCAGACUGCAGGCUGUGGAGGCGGAGCUUCAGCGACAACAACACCCGUCACUAGCUUCAACACUCACUGACAGGCUGCAAACCAAGGAAACUCCAGUGAAGCAGAGGCCUGAAGCAGAGCUGGAGAGUUGUCAUGGUGGACCAUCAUUACAGAGGGCUCUGUAUCACCUGAGCCGUCUGAAGCUGCUGGUUGAAGAACCCAGAGAGAAAUACAGAGAGGAAGAGUUGGAGAAGGAUGAAGAUGAAGGACGCUACUCCUCUUCAUCUGCUGACGGACUCAUCUGUACUCAGGAGAAACCCUCCUGAAGCUGAAGGCCUGUUCAGCAGAGCGAGGGACUUCUUGUUCAAUGUUGUCACUGUCCUGUCCUCGCUGUUUGCUGUUGUGUCCUGCAGCAACAGAAAGGAGUGUUUUGGAUUUGUAUUUCAGAUGAAAAUGUGCAAUUAAUCUAACACUGAUAUAGUACAGACACCAAGCCAGACUCAUCAGGAAAUGUAUAAAUAUAUGAAACAGGUAGUUAGUAGUUUUUUUAGGAGCAGAAGUUAAGUAAUUUUUUAAAGUGAAGAAAGCUCUGAAACCAUUCUGAUGGUUAAAAACUAGACUAGACUACAAGAAAAUGUCCUGACAGACAAAAUGUCACCAUCUUUCCACAUGCUCAAAGCAUCUGUCCAGCUGUUGAGACAAUAAGUGUCAAAUUGUGAAUGUGCCAAUAUGAACAGGAGAUAAUGUUGUUUGCACUGAAAAUAUAGUUUUAUAGAUAAAUCUUUUCUAUCCAUUGCCACACCAAGACUCUGGAGAUGGCAGUGUUGAAAUGCCAACUACACAUUUAAUAUGCUAACAUUAUGUUAGCAUUCUAUCAAGCUAACAUGUAAAACAUAAGUAUGUCAACAUCUAGUGUUGAAUAUGCUAACUCGACCACAUUAAAAUACUAAUGUUGGCAUGUCAGCGUGACUCCUGUUACCAUAUUAUAAUGCUAAAGGUUACAUGAUAAGCGUCAGAAUUGUAACAUUCAAAAAUGGUCAAUAUGGAUCUUAAUGUACAAACUGCAUCUACAUUAAUGCCAACAUUAGCAUUUUAACAUGCUAACAGUAGCAUAUUUUAAUGCUAAAUGUUACACGAUAAACACCAGAAUUGUAACAUUCAAAAAUGGUCAAUAUGGAUCUUAAUGUGCUAACUGUAUCUACAUUAAUGCCAACAUUAGCAUUUUAAUAUGCUAAAAGUAGCAUGUUAAUGUCCAAUAGUUGUUAACAUGGAUGUUAUACCAUCUGGAGCCAUUUUUUACAGGUUAACAACAGUGUUUUAACAUGCUAAUUAGCAUAUUACAUUUCAAAAUUCUAACAUGCUAAAUGGAAGCAUGUUAGCGACCAAUAGUGAACAGUUUAUUUUUCUAUGUAACAUUUUCUGCCUUAAAUAGAUGGUGAGAGUGGACAAAUACAACAAAGGUCUCCGGCCAGAUUUAAACGGGUUGUUGUGCUUCAUAGUCUUAAACUCAAAACCACAGGGACACCCUGUCAACUAUUUAAUUUAUCAUUUAUUCAGGCAAAGUUCUGUAUUAAACAUGGAUGCAUAUUUAGUUAAAUAAAAAAAAAGGUAAAACGUAUUUUUAUUCCCCAAAGUUAGGUAUGAAAAAGUAUAGUUUAGGUAUUGAUACUGAAACUCUGGUAUCAUACUGGUACUAAUAUCCAAAUUUUUCAAAUGAUACCCAACCCGGCUAACUGUUUUCACACUUAUGUGUCAUGAUUAGAAUGUUAAGAUUCAGCAUUAGGCUCAAAGCAGAGGAGCUACAUAUAGAUGAGCAUAACCAAGUCCAGGUUAGUCUGAUGAAUGUUGAGCCAAGUUUGACAGUGUGGAGCUGAGCAAAGCUGUGUCUUAAAUGUCCCAAAGUGGCCACUGUACAGAGAAUAAUGCUGCAUUCACAUCAUAUGGGGAGUUACCAUAAUCACCAGUUUCUGACUUGUAAAUACUGUUCUCAUCAACAUGUUAAUACCACUGUGAAACUGAUUUUUCUGAAGGCUUUGAUAUAUCCAACUUGGUGUACAUAAGUGCCUGAAAAACCAAACAAACAAGGAUGCCUCAUGUCAAGAAAAGCCUGCUGUUCAAGGUCAUUACAACUAAAUUGAAUAGAUAUAGUGUUAUGUUAAUUGUGCACAGCAUUUAUUAACUGUCUUAAGGUGUCCAAUGACAUGAACAUUCAUAGGUUAUAAAUAUGGGAUUUUGCCCAUCUCUACCAUCCAUCCCACAUGAUGUGAAUGCUUUAGAUUAGAUUUAGGUAACAACACAGUCUUUCCCGUGGCUCCAUCCUCAGGAAAAACUCCAGCAAGUCAGCUUUAUUCUCUGGUUUGUAUGAUUGUUACAGCCUCACACCGGUGUGCCUAUAGGCUUUUAGUUUUCUUCCUUCUUUAUAUGACUUUUAGCCCCUCAGUAUGAUUUGUACAAGAAAGAGAAAAUCUGAUACUAGACUAAUGGGUAUUUUUAUUCACUUUUUGUGUCUCAGCUGAGAAAGACCAUCAAUGUUUUCUCCAGUGCUUCAUAUUCACAACUACAGUACCAGUCACCUUCCUAUCCCCUUGAAUGAGAAAGUGUGUCCAAACUUUUGACUGGUACUGUAUAUGUGCCAAAUCAGGGUUCAGGUAGACAGGUGACCUGCUCAUGAAAAGAUGUUUAUUGUGUAACAGAGUUUUAACACUCAACAUGAAGUAUUUUUAUUUCAUAUAACAGUGUCAUUUCCAGCUGUUCUGAGCUGGUUUUUCCUCAAACAGCUCACAUUAAAAUGUGGUGGUUUACUACCUU